AUGGCGACCGCCAAAAUCACCACAAUACCCACCGAAAUCCUCACAUCCAUAUUCGAGUACUUUGUAGACGACCACGAAACGCUCGAAAAUGUUAGCAAGGCCUAUCCAGAGCUCGCUCCAGCGGCAAACACAGUACGCAACAGCGUUCGAAGAGUCCUUGUCCGCGGAAAUGGUGCACACGAAGCGUGCAUGGAGUUUCUCGAAGAGCUUUGUCUGGCCCACACACCGUCUGGUAAUGCCAUUGGGCCCAUACGCUAUCUUGACCUCGUCUUCGACAGCCGGGCACAGUUCCGACUAGAAAACACAACGCAGGAAAUCCUAAAUUUCCUUCCAGCGGUCCAACAUGUCACGCUCAAAAUCAACGCCCGCCCCUUCCCCGACAGUCCCAAGCAGGAGCAUAUCGAAAAUUUCGUAGAGAAAACGUGCGGAGCCGUGGUAGACUAUGCGAAACUCAUGAAUAUGCUCAACUCACUUCGGCCGGCAAGAAAAAUCGGUCUUAGCCUCAUCAUCAACGACUGCAUACUUCGCGCUUCCCCCAUCAUCGCACAACAAUACCCAAACAUCACACUCCGAGAAUUCGACGUCAAGAUAUACUUGUGUCAACGAAAUACCCUCGCCGCCUUGGCCGAGCGCUUGCUCUAUGCAACAGAAACUCUUACCGACUUCACGAUACUGGAGGACCAAAAGAGUCCAUGGGAUUGCGACUGGAUCCCUGUUCUCAUGCCGUUUUCCGGUCUCACUGCCCUCAAAAGACUACACAUAUCGUCUGGCUGUUGGUUCUCGGACUCGGCCAUGCAGGGUCGCCAGGGCUUUCUAUGGAAAGGCGAAAACGUACGCCCAUCCAUCGUCCAUUUACUGCCCCCAUCGCUUUCCUCGCUCCGAGUAGACUUUAGUGGUAGCGCGGCCAUUUUCGCUGUGGGCGAUGGAUACCGUGCCGCCUUCUUGAGCUCCCGCAUGACGUCCGACGAAAUCAAAAUGAAAAUGAGACCAUGUUGGAACUGGAUAUACGAAAUUGCCGCUGCUGAUCCUUCGCAAUUUCCUUGUUUGAAGAAGGUGGAAGUGCUGGAGCUGAAAUAUGUGGUCAGUGAUAGGGGUAGGGUCGUCAGGUGUGCGGAGCCGAUGGAUUGGGACCCGCCUGAGGUAUUGAAGAAGGCGUUUGCGGAUAGGGGGAUCGAAUUGACGAUUCAGAUUAGGGGUAAGACGGAAUUCAAGUCGGCGGGGCCGGGAGCUGAUGUGCAGGCAACGUGA